AUGGAUUCUAUCAUUAAUUCACUUCUCAACUGCAUCUGGCCAACAGCGCAAUCAUACUAUCACUUGUCUCAACAUGAGUCAGGCGAACCUGGUCAGUCUCCUGCUCUUACCAAUAAUGCUCCUUCUUACAUGUCCAUGGGCCAACUGCCCCUAAACGUAUUCGGAAACAGCUAUCCUCGAAAGUCCGGUCGCAUCGUCUUGAAAUUUGCAUCAAUUACCAAGGACUUCAGGAACGACACAUUCACCCUUGACCUGGACGAAGGCUGGAUUGCUGCGCUUGACAUCAAAGCCAAAGAUGUCAUUGGGUUGAUGCAGGAAGGACUGUACGUGUCUGAAGAGAAUGCGAAGGUGCACGAGAACUACAUCGAAUGGAACAACAACACUCCAGAUAGAGUACUGCGUUGCUACCGCCAUUACACCCUCACCGAUCCCAAGUGGUCAGUGUCGGGUUUUCGGCUGGAGCAUCUAUCUGCGGAUCGGGUUUAUCACGCCUUCAGUACCGUCAAGAGUGGUAAUGACACAAGAAAGGUCUACUGGUAUGAUCCACCUCCAAAGGGCCCCAAGAUCAACACCCUCUUGGAUGGUGAGCCCCUUCCAGGACUGUGGCCGUGGCCAAAGGAGCUGGGUGCUUCAGGAAAGAGUGAAGAGAGUUCUGACGUGGUAGAGACACAAGAUAGGAAGUCGCAAGACAUGGCGAUGGAUUAA